UUGUAUAGAUUGCAACAUAUUCACGAAAUCUAAAAUUAGUACAAUUGUUGCAGUUUUGUAAUAAAAUGUUAUCGAUAAAGAUCAUAAGUUUAGUUUUGAUUGUUUGCUUAAUUAAUUUAACUGUCAUACAUUGUGCUGUGCCGAUGGAUGCGGAUUCUGUUAUCCUAGAUGAUCCUAGUGAUACAUCUGGAAUUGGAAAAGUCGCUACGAAGACAUCGUGGAUAAGACGGCAAAUGUCACGCUUAGGUGGAGUAGCUGGAGAAGUAGGAAAUGCAGUUGGGAGGGCAUCCAUUAGUGUUUCAACAACGGCUGAAAAGAUUUGUGAUUUGGUGAAAAAAAUUAUACCAAUUUUAGCAGCAAUUUGUCAUGUUGGACAAUUUAAGUUUUGUGCAUCAACCGGUCUUACCCCAGACGAAACAAUUAAUACAAAUCUUGGAGGUAUUGAUACCUCAAAAUUAGAAACAUUGGAUUAGAAAUUAUUUGUAUGUUUGUGUUUAAUUAGAAGUGUGAAUUUAAAUGAAAUUAAAUCGAAUAUUGUGAA